AUGCUGUGCUCCGUUGCCAUGGUGACAGGACUGGUCCUGACUACGUGGUGGCUGAUGACGGGCGCUCGCGGUAACCCCGUGGUGCCCCUGCCCGAGGGCGGAGAGCGUGAGCGCCUGGAGCGCGCCUUGACCCAGGCCAAGGAGGGCGCCCUGAGCCCCGGCGCCCAGCAGCGGCUGGAGGAGAUCAGUCUCACGGGCGGGCUGGAUGCCGGCCGCGGCUCCAACAAGACCACCGGGGGGAGGCCCCGGCCUGGCUGGACACCCCCGAGACGCGGGCCCAACAAGCCCCAGGGCGCCAGCCAGGAGCAACCCUGGGGCGCGCGGGACUCCCUGAAGCAGGGUGACGACGGCCCCACCGGCGAGCCCAACGACGUCUCCAUGGACCCCAUCGACGAGUACGCCUACCCCGACUACCGGGGCAAGGGCUGUAUGGACGAGACGGGCUUCGUGUUCGCCAUCGGGGAGACAUUCACCCCUGGCCCCUCCACAUGUCCGUGCGUCUGCACGGACGAGGGGCCCCUGUGUGCCAAGCCGGAGUGCCCUAAGCUCCACCCGCGCUGCCUGCGCGUAGACACCAGCCAGUGCUGCCCACAGUGCAAGGAGAAGAAGAACUACUGUGAAUUCCGGGGGAAGAUGUACUCAUCACUGGAGGAGUUCAAGGUGUCCCCCUGUGAGAAGUGUCGCUGUGAGCCCAGUGGUGAGGUGCUGUGCUCUGUAGCUGCCUGCCCCCAGACAGAGUGUGUGGACCCUGAGUAUGAGCCAGAUCAGUGCUGCCCUGUCUGCAAGAGUGGACCCAACUGCUAUGCGGAUACUGCGGUGAUUCCAGCCGGCCGUGAGGUAAAGAUUGACGAGUGCACCAUCUGCUACUGCACGUACGAGGAGGGCACAUGGCGCAUCGAGCGGCAAGCCACCUGCAGUAAGAACGAGUGUCGACGCAGAUAAAGCCGAGAGCAUGGCAUGGGUGACAAGCUGCCCAUCAUGCAUACAUACAUAACAAACCACUCACACACACACACUCACACACACACAUACACACUCAGACAGCCAUGGAAACAAACACACACACAGACACACAC